AUGCAUCUAGUAUCGCGUCUUGGCUUUGUCGCGGCGCUGAGUCUUGUCCCUAGCACGAGUGCGAAGGCUUGCCAAAUGGGAGACGACAGCUUCGAUUUCAUCGUUGUCGGAGGCGGAACGGCAGGUAAUGCAUUGGCGACACGGCUCAGCCAAGCUCUACCUCAAUAUUGCGUAUUAGUGGUCGAGGCGGGCGCCAACGGACGCAAUGUCGAAGGAAUCUAUGUUCCCGGCCUAAGAGGCUCAACAUUUGGCUCGAUGUACGACUGGAGUCUCCCAACCGUGCCCCAACCCGCUGCAAACAAUCGAACGAUAAUUCACCGCCGCGGAAAAGUUCUCGGUGGAAGUUCGGCCCUCAACUUGAUGGUCUGGGAUCGCGCUACGGUCAAAGAGUACGAUGCGUGGGAAGAGCUUGGCAACCCCAGCUGGAGUUGGGAGGGUAUGUACCCAGCCAUGUUGAAGUCUGAGAACUUUCAACGCCAAAACGGUUCAGCACAAUAUGGGAUGGAUGGCGUUGGGUACGGAGGGCCGAUUCAAAUUGCUCUGGCUGAAGACCCGCCACCACAGCUUCAGGCAUGUGUACCGACUUUGAUGAACCUAGGCGUGCAUGAGAAUCUCGAAUCGCUCAAUGGAAGCAAUCUGGGCGUCAUGUAUCAGCCGGCUAUGUACCGUGUGUCCAACCAUACACGAUCCUAUUCGGUUGACUAUCUUCCAAGAGCUAGCGAGAACGUGGUUAUCAUGUUCAAUAUCACCAUUCACAAAGUACAAUUAGACAAGAGUGGAUCCAGAGCGACUGGUGUCGUCCUCACAAACGGCAAAGUCAUCAAGGCCAAGAAGGAAGUGGUGCUCUCUGCCGGCAGUCUACUAUCCCCAAAGAUCCUGGAACUUUCCGGUAUAGGCCAAAAAGCUAUUCUGGACAAUGCCGGUAUCGAGCAAAUCAUUGAACUCCCGGGAGUUGGAGAAAACCUACAGGAUCAUAUCCGCACUCAAACCACAUACGAGCUCAAGCCCGACAUCCUGGGCGUGGACAUUCUGAAAUACGAUACAGCGCGCGCGGCCAUCGAGUUAGACCGGUGGAAGCAGAACCAGACGUCGCUCUACCAAUACGCCGGUAGUUGCUAUGGUUUCCUGAAAUGGAAGCAAGCCCUCGGGGACGACAAAGACCUGAUCCGUCUCGCAAAUCAAUCGGCAAACCACUCCAACGUAAUCGACCAGAAGAAGCUUGCCUUGAUCAUGGAUUCUAGUCUUGAAGCUCCGGAUCUCGAAGUCGUAUUCAGUGACGGGUACACAGGAACAGCCGGUUAUCCAAGAAACGGUACGGUGGGCUAUGGUAAACAGUACGCGACGCUUCUUGUUGGAGUGCAGCAUCCACUCGCCAGAGGAUCCGUCCACAUCAACGGCUCUAAUCCCUCGAAUGUACCUCUCAUCGACCCCCGAUAUCUCAGCACGCCAUAUGACCUGGAAGCCCUAAAAGCAGCCGUAAAGUACACGCGAACAAUGUCAAACACUGCCCCAUUCAAAGACGUAUGGAACUCCGAGUUUGACCCUGGCAUGAGCACACAAACGGAUGCGCAAUGGGAGAAAUGUGUUAGAGAUAACGUGGGAACAUUUUACCACCCGCUGGGUACGUGCGCGAUGUUGCCGGAAAAAGAUGGUGGUGUUGUGGACCCGCAGUUGAGAGUGUAUGGCGUGGAGAAUUUGAGGGUUGUAGAUGCGAGUAUCAUUCCGAUGAUAGUAUCGGCGCACAUCCAAACGGCGGUAUAUGGUAUCGCGGAAAGGGCAGCUGAGAUGAUGGUAGCAGACUAUCGAUGA